UUAGGCCAAAUUUUCAGUGAAACAGUCGAAAAUGUCUGAAUUAAGCAUUGGACUAGUUAUUUUGGCUGUGCUUCUUUUCGGUUAUGAAACAACAAGCAAGAGCUGUGGCGAAGAAUCUCUCUAUUUCGACGAGAAAGACAUUGAAACUUUAAAAUGUACGCUGGACAUUUUGGAAAAAACCUACAAUGGGACUAAUGCUACUAUCUUUGAGGAUAGUGAUAGGAAGCACACGGUUUCGGCAGCUUUGGUAAUGACCGGUGAUACAAUUAUCAACCAGAUUUAUGAAGACGUUUUUCCGGAAGUGUUUUGUAAACGAUGUAAUUUGAAAGUGACGUCGAAUAAGUUAGCGAUUGUUGUGAAAUGUUACCAGUGCAUUGAUACUACGACUCGACUGCCCACGGGCCCCACAGAAUAUAAAAAAGUUUUCAUUUAUUGAAACGUCAGGUUUGAAUGUAGCGCUUUGUCAAAAUGGCCGGAUGAGAGGCGCUCAGCGUCUUCCGGCGGCCAUUCGUGUAACUACUGCCUUUACUGUGUGACCGUGACAAACAUGGCUCCUACAAAACCCAAAUCAGCGGAUAAAUCCGCUGGCAAAAAAGAGGAAAAGAAGAAGCCGGCGUCCGCCCCUGCUGCCGCCUCCGGCGCCGGGUCGUCGUCUAAGGUCGCCCCGGCCCCGAAAGCCGCCGCUAAGGCCACCGGAGCGUCCGGUUCAGCCAAGUCAGCUGAGAAAAAACCCUCGGCGAAAACACCCGCCCCCAAGCCGGCCGCCGCCGCUAAGGUUUCCGGUGGCGCGAAAUCGGCGCCGGCCGCCGCCUCCAAGCCCAAGUCCGGGGCUAAGCCCGCCGCGAAGGCCACCGCCAAAGCUGCGGGCAAGCCCGCGGCGAAGCCCGCGGCCAAAGCGGGGGCCAAGAGCAAGCCAACGACGAAAGUCGCCGGGAAGCCGAAGAUUCCGCCAAAGGCUAUCGUGACGAAGCCGAAGAAGACCGUUCCAGUUAAGCAACAGAAGGGAGUUGGGAAGAAGGUAGCGCCUGCGGCUCCGGUUCAAAAGGCUUUGAAGGUACAAAAGAAGGUUAUCAAGGGGCCAAAUGGGACCCAUGCCAGGAAGAUUAGGACGUCGGUGCAUUUCCACCGGCCUAAGACCUUCAGGCCGCCCAGAAAUCCCAAGUAUCCCAGGAAAUCGGUUCCGAGUAGGACUAGGAUGGACGCUUACAAUAUCAUCAAAUUCCCUUUGACUACUGAAGCCGCAAUGAAGAAGAUUGAGGAUAAUAACACUCUGGUGUUUUUGGUGCACACAAGGGCUAACAAGCACCACAUUAGGGCCGCUGUUAAGAAACUGUACGACAUUAAUGUGGCGAAAGUUAAUACUUUGAUUAGGCCCGAUGGUAAGAAGAAGGCUUACGUGAGGCUAGCCAGAGACUACGACGCGUUAGAUGUAGCAAACAAAAUUGGAAUCAUAUAAAAGGUGUCUUCACUUUUUUUGUACAUUUUGACGUAUGAAUAAAACUUGGAGAUGCUUCAAAAAUUUUAUUGUUCAAACUUUUUUACAAAUAAAAAAUUAAUUCUUU